AAAUGCAAGAGAUAGGGGUGGGAGCUGUGUGACAUUAUUGCUUCCGCUAUCAUCUUGUUAGGCUCCUACGUUAGGGUUUUGUUCAGCGAUUCUGCUUUGCAUCUCAAUUUCCUUAUCCACACUACACUCUCCUUCGAUACGGUCCGGUUUAUUGAGUGUCUUGGGUAAAGAAUAAAGGCAUAAAAUGGCUCUAUUAGCCCAUCAACCGCAGGGUUUGUAUGUGACAUCUUCUUCGAGGCGUUUGUCAUGGAGCAAAAGGCUGAAGUUGAAGCAGUGUUUGACAAAACAUCACAUGAUUGGAAGAACUGAUUGGCAUCACCUAUUAAAGCACAAUAUUUGUUUAAGUGUAGGGCCUCCUUGUUUUUGUGUAUCCAAGCUCAAACCUUUGAGGAUUUCAGGCUUCCAAGGCAGUGCCCAAAAUGAAUAUUCAGGAAUCAGGGCUAAUCGAUUCAAGGUGCCUAAGACUUCUAUUAGACUAGAAGAGAGUGGGGAAGCCCACAAUGUUCCACUCUCUUAUGCAUCUGAAGCAAAUGAGAGCCUUGCAACAUCUUCUGCUAUUCAUAGACUUUUUAGAAAAUGGCUAACAAUGCUGCGCACACAACCAUCAAGUCAAGAAGUGGAGGAAAUUUUUGGAGAAGCAACUCCUGGGGUUUCACCAGAAAUUCUACAAGGGACUCAGAGUAAGGAAAGAGGUGAGGUUUUGAAGAUGGCGUGGUCUCAUUUUCUGGCCCUGGAUGCAACAAUAAAGAUUCCUUUAUUGGUAUUUGUUCCUUUCUACCUGGCUGUUAAUGUGAUAUAUGGUGCUGAAGUUUCGAAGGAGUUAACUCCUUUAUGGGUUUUGGGGCCACUCAUUAUGGCUAUCUACAUUAUGAUAAUGCGUAGGCUGUGUGCACUCUAUGCCUUUAGCUUCAAUAUGACUGUCAAAGUACUUAAGAAUUCACCCUCUUACUGCAUUUUGGCUUACAACUAUGUUUUUUGCGGCAAGCUCAAAGAAGAUAUCAGUGCUCAUCUUGUGCAGCCUAUAUUCAGCGUAAAAAAUAGAGAUUAUAAACAGCUAACAAGAGGAAAGUUGAAAGAAUUGCAAGAAUGGAUAGUGGAGAAGUAUCUUGAUUAUGUGGAAUCAAUAUGGCCCUUUUAUUGUCGAACAAUCAGAUUUUUGAAGAGGGCUAACCUUAUUUAGAUCUGAAAGUAUUCUCGAGCAUAAUCUUGAGAAAGGUUUAAGGGAGGUGAAAGGAGAUGAUAUUCUGAUAGUGUUGAAAUUUUCAAAUGAGAUCUUGCCAAUCCCAUUUUCUGCAGGGGUAUUGGUGUUUCGAGCAAGUUAAUGAUAAUGAGGAAGUUCAUUCCUAAUUCAUGUUAUCUUGUAAACAUUCAAUUCUUAGAUUAAUUUGUAAUUGUUUUUUGUCAUUGAAUCGUUGCUUAUGUUUUGAGGUUCUAUAUGAGAUUGAUUCCAUUCUGCAAGUGGUCAUUCGGCAUGGUGUCUGUCCCCAACUCUUACACAAGCUUUGUAUCAUCUACCAUCAUGUAGUUCUAACUUGGGAAAGUACUGGUGAUAAACCUCGUUCUGAGUGUUCAUACAUUGUUAACCACCAGAAUAGCCCAAAGAUGAUUUCCACCUGGAUGCAUUUUAUGUUGUGAGAAGAGUAU